AACUUAGCGACUAAAAAUACUUCUUGGUAUCAGUCUUAAACUGGAGCUCGAAGCGUUUAAUUUAUUUCACCCGCGUCACGGUACUCUUGCGUAGCGAUUUGGUAUUCUGUGCGAAUAAAACGGCGAGCACACCGCCACCUGUUUAGUUUAAAAAUAGUAAAUGCAACGAACUUUUGUGUGGUUUACUGGCCCAUUCUUGAUGACAAGGCCUGGCACUGGCAGCUGAAACAAUGAGCUUGGCGAACGCCUCUUCACCCAUGGAAAUGACCCCGAGCCCCAGUUUGGGGGCCACGAGUCGUGGCGAUCUAGAAAAGGUGCUGGCUAUGCUGGUUCUGGGACUGGGGAGCCUUUUGUCCGGAAUGCUUCCCGCUAUUAUUUCGGAGAGGAAUCGCCAGCGAUUCCCACUGACCACAUCCCUGCUCCUCUGCUUCGGAGCGGGCAUUCUCCUGGCCACCGCCUUGGUUCACAUUCUGCCCGAGGUGCGCGAGCAAAUGGAAUCGAAAUUCGCUGAGGUGGCCAUGUGUGGCGGAUUCUUCAUUAUCUACUUCAUCGACGAGUUCAUCCACUACUUCUUUGGCGAGGCCAUACAGCACACGCAUUCCCAGAUCCCCGAAACUGAGCGCAUAAUUCCCGCCAAUGGCAAUGGAUAUGGCGCAGUGGAUGAACGGGCGCCGCUUUUAUCAGCCCAGACUACGUCACAUGCGCAUUCGCAUCACCAUGACCACAGCGAUCAUGACCACGAUCACUAUCACCCGUCCACCGCAUCCGGCUGUGAUGACGCAAGUGUCGAGGACGCCAACGCCCGCAUUUGCCACACCAGCCAUACGGAACCCUGCGUCCAAUCCAUGACUGGCACCCUGGGACUCUUUGUGGCCCUGUCCCUGCACUCGGCCAUCGAAGGACUGGCCAUCGGCGUCCAGAACUCGUCCACAAAGGUUCUUUUUCUAUUGGGAGCCGUCGCCUGCCAUAAGUUUGUGAUGGGCUUUUGUCUGGGACUUGAAUUCCGCUCCAAUCCGCAGACGAGUUUUCGCGCCCAGUUCGUCGGCGUUUCGGUUUUUGCCCUGGGGGCUGUCAUUGGCAUUGGCUUAGGUAUGCUUAUCGUAGAUGUGCCCGCCGCUUGGUCCAGCAAAACGCUGCCUAUCGUCCAAGCACUGGCCGGUGGCACGCUCUUCUACGUCACCGUCUGCGAAGUGAUACCGCGCGAAAAGGCACGCUGGCACUCGAAUCCGAUCCGUCGCUGGGCGGGAUUUUCGCAGUUCGCAGCAGUUGUCGCUGGCUUUGCCACCAUGUGCAUCAUAAACUUUUAUCUUUCUGAUGAGGAAUAGGAAUCUUGGUUGGAGAUAUCUUUGUUGCGCUGUGACCCAAUGUGCCUCUUUUUAUAUAUGAACAUAAGAUACAUUUAUAUAUAAGGUGUUGUAUGUAAGACUCCCUUUAUGUGCAUUCCCAAAGAAUCUUGAUUUAGCUUCUUGUAUUUCAAUCUGCCGUAAAAUAAGUAGAAACGCUAAAAGCACACAUUUGUGUCUACAUUUUAUAUUUUGUUUCUCCAAA